AUGAGACGGCCUCGAACCUCCAAAAGUGAAAAAGAAAGUGAUAUAUCGAUUGACAAAUCAGAAGAAGAAAAAGGUAAAUCCAAAUCACCAAAGACUCCUCAAAUGAAUUUACAAAAUACCACUAAAGCCACACUAUGGAUUGAAUCGCGGAAAACCAGUCCGAGGAAGAGUGUCAAAGAAAAUCCCAGUCAAAUAGAGGUUACCCCGAGGAAAGUUGUCUCUGCAAAGAAGAGUACUCCGCUAAGAAUGGCAGUACUCAAGAAGGCGCAGAGUGCGCAAAAAAUGCGUGUCACAAAGAUCGAAGCCCCAUUGACUAUUGAUCACACAAAACAAGCGGCCAUAAUGUUGAUGACUGGGCACACGCCAAUACAGAAUUCCAGUCCUAAACAGAAAGGAUCCAGUCCGAAGCAAAAAGGGCCCAGUCCUAAGCCAGGCAGUGCUAAGCGGCUCAGUUACAUUAUUAAAAAGCCCAGCCCCGUAAAAAAGACUCCAAGGAAAUCCGGCAGACUUUCAAAGAAGUCAUUCAGUACUAGCACUACAUCAACUAGAGUGAGUUCUGCAUCAAAUAAUUUAUCUCGUAAGAACAGCAAGGCAUCUUUAGAUCGAUCCGCCUCAGUAAUGGAAAUAACAGACUCUGAUGUUCAUCAAAUAGCAAGGGAGAGCGAUGUAUCCACUCGUUCAAGCGUAAAGAGUUUAAUCCGGUCGCCAUUGUUACCAAGCCCUAAGAAGUCGGCGCUUAAGGAUCCAACUGCAAAGAAAAGUGCUAGGAAAACUGAAUCAAUCAAGUUUGAUUUCAGCAACCUUGAGAACAGUGCUUCAAACUCAGUAGACGUUCUAAUGGUUACAGGCACAAGUAACAAGAGCUUUGAAAAUAUUGCAUCAGAAGACGAAUUGACUUUACAUUAUUCUGAUAGCUCAGCAAAAUCUCCUUCCCCAAGGAGGUCGAUCCACUCGCGCAGCAGUAAAAUCAUGGAAAGGACUUUAGGAACAACAUUUACAUCAGAUACGGGACCAGUACAGGAUACUUUAACACCAGAAUCGCCGCGAUCUAAAAAGUCCUUACGUGGUAGCCUUAUGUUGCAGAAAGUUUUGCAGACUCCGGAAGUUAACGAGUCGUCGACGUACUCGCGUAGAACCACUAAAAGCUUAACGGAACAGAGCUGGAACUCCACCGUGGCUUCCUUACGCAGAACUAAAACUCUGAGCCCACGAGAUGCCUCAGCUAGAGGUAAUAUUGAGUCAUAUUCGAUCGUCGAUCUAGUGUCUAUUGACUCCAACGAUUCGCGCUCUGGAUCAGUGUACAAUUCUGCAUCGUCGGCUGAUACCAGUGCCUCGAAAUUCGGGACGCCGCAGACAAGUGCCGGAAGAAAGACCAGAUCGAUAAGAGCUUGCAGUCUCCUGGCGUCAAGUACACCAACUGUGAAAAGUGAUUACAAAUCCAGAUUAUCUAGGUCGCAAAGUGCAGCUACAUCACGCAGUUACGACUCUAUUCAGUAUGAUUCACCCUCUCGAAAUAAUAUAUCGAAAAGACGUUCCAAGUCUCUGUCAACUCCAGACAAUGUUACAUUUAACAUUAGCGGAAGAUCGAAUAAAUCUAAAUCAUUGGCAACAGACAGUGAUCAAGAUAAUAUUACAAUAAAUAGCACAAGAAAAUCUCGGCAGUCAAAGUCAUCUAAUUCUUCACCAUUUGAAAAUUCUAAAUCAUUGGUAACAGACAGUGAUCAAGAUAAUAUUACAAUAAAUAGCACAAGAAAAUCUCGGCAACCAAAGUCAUCUAAUUCUUCACCAUUUGAAAAUUCUAAAUCAUUGGCAACAGACAGUGAUCAAGAUAAUAUUACAAUAAAUAGCACAAGAAAAUCUCGGCAGUCAAAGUCAUCUAAUUCUUCACCAUUUGAAAAUUCUAAAUCAUUGGCAACAGACAGUGAUCAAGAUAAUAUUACAAUAAAUAGCACAAGAAAAUCUCGGCAGUCAAAGUCAUCUAAUUCUUCACCAUUUGAAAAUUCUAAAUCAUUGGCAACAGACAGUGAUCAAGAUAAUAUUACAAUAAAUAGCACAAGAAAAUCUCGGCAGUCAAAGUCAUUUAAUUCUUCACCAUUUGAAAAUUCUAAAGAAAAUGUUACAUCAUCUAGAAAAUCAGUAACUUCACCUAAAGAUGCCACAUUUAAAGUGUCUAGAAAAUCUAAGAAGUCAAAGUCUAUUUUGACAUUGGAGAAUUCACAAGACAAUAUUAUAUUGGACCAUUCUAGAAAAUCUAGGAAAUCCAAGUCCAUUUCUACACCGGAAGUAUCCCAGAAAAAUAUUGCAUUAGACAGCUCAAGGCAUUCUAGAUCGUCGAGAUCAAGUCGUUCACGCUUGAGCGAAGUAAGCGUUGCAUCACCAAGGUCUUCCAAGAGAUCUGUAAACUCGACUAGUAACAACAGUCCGCUGCAAAAUAAAGGUACUUCUACCCCAGAAAUAAGUAGUCCCCAAGAAGUUGGUACACCAGUGUUAAGUAUACAAAGUCUUCUGGACUCAAGUCGAGACUCAACAAUGUCACAUUCAAGGGAGAAAAACGUCGCCAGGGUACCAGUAAAUAUUUUACGUAAAACUAUAGGAGGCCGACCGUCUGUACCUAGAAAAGGUGUUAGCAGUAAAUCGAAAUCAUUGAGUCUUGGUACAAGAGUCUCUUUAAGAAAAUCAUUGAAAAUUUCUCCUAAUUACUCUGAAUUAAAUAAAGAUGUAUCUCAAGAUGAAGGCGAAUCGACUCCAAAGAGUGCUGUGAAAUUGGUGCAAGAGGCUGUUAAAAAUAAACACUCUUCUGCUAAGAAGCCAAAGUCAAAGAGAUCCAUUAUAGAUAACCUCAAUGAGUCCGAUAUGGUCAAACAACUUUUCAACAGCCCUGUAAAAAGGAAGCUAUCACAAAGCAUGAUCGAGUUUUCUAGAAAGCAACUUUUGGAAGAGGACAUUACUCCUCCAAAGAGACAAACUCGAAAUACAAUCGCGUUGACUGGAAGAACUCCUGAAAAUUCCAUAUUGGAACAUUCGCAGGCAUUCACACCAGAAGUUUUCGUCAGUCCCUUGAGUACUCCCAGUAAUAGCUCCAAUGUCAGUGGUUUAGAACGCUUAUUUGCAGAGACUACGCCGGAAAAUAACGUUCGAAAUGUAUCAGCCGCUAAAAAGUUGAUGCAAACUCCUCGAUACAGAAGGUCCAUUAGAAAUGAUUUAACUAAAGUAUCUGGAGUGAAGUCACUGUUUAAAAGGUCGCCUAGAAACCGUUUAAGCGACGUUAGAGUUAAGGAAGUGUUCACAGUCUCACCUAACAAUGAUUUAAGAAGAGUUUCUGGAGUUAAAGCACUUUUCCAAUCGCAGAAAGAAAGAAGAUCGCCGAAGAACAGUCUAGAGGAUGUCACUGGUGUAAGAAAUUUGUUCAAAAAGAACAGUCCUGAUAAUGACUUACGUAACGUUUCCAGAGCUAAGACAAUAUUGCGUAGAAAAUCCCCAAAGAAUGAUUUAAGCGAUGUUAGAGUUAAGGAAGUGUUCACAGUCUCACCUAACAAUGAUUUAAGAAGAGUUUCCGGUGUUAAAGCACUUUUCCAAUCGCAGAAAGAAAGAAGAUCGCCGAAGAACAGUCUAGAGGAUGUCGCUGGUGUAAGAAAUUUGUUCAAAAAGAACAGUCCUGAUAAUGACUUACGUAACGUUUCCAGAGCAAAAACAAUAUUGCGUAGAAAUUCCCCAAAGAAUGAUUUAAGCGAUGUUAGAGGCUUACGAAGAUUAUUCCGGCAAGAGAAACAAAGAGAUGAUUCUAACAAUUUGAGUGGUAUUGAGGAGUUGUUUAGUGAAUCACAUCAGACUUCAAAACUGUCUGACGCAAACCUGGAAAGUUCCUUUGAUUUGCUUAUUGGUAAACCGGCUGUGCGGUCUUACCCGAAAGCCAAGAGUUUCUCAACCAAAUUGAUUCAAAAACCAAAAAUUCGUAAAGCGCAGUCUCUACAAACCUCUUUUAGUUCGAUUACAGAUAAUGUGGAGGACUGGUUAGAGACCGAACUGAGGAAACGAAUGCACAAAUAUGAUAUAAGCGAACCGUCAUCAAAGCGGGGAACAUCAGUGAACAAAUCCAAUGCCUCCACUUUGUCAUUGAAAUCAGGCAAGAGUACUGGAAAUGUACUUUUAUCAAGAAGCAAAAGGUUAAAAGAUAAUUCGAAAAAUAAGUCAAACAUUUCAACAUCUCUGACCCCGGGAAGGAAAUCUGCAAAUAUCUCUCAAAAAGCAGAAAAUUCAGUCACAAAAGCAAAUAAAUCCAUAGACGCCUCUAAAACAAAGACUUCACUCAGCAAAUCUAAAACUGUAGUUGAAGAAAUUUCCACUAACUUGAACAAAUCUAAAUCCAAAUCGAAUCUAACGCGCGCACUGCAAAAGCUGGCAACAGAUACCGUUGAUGGCAACUCUCCGGUUCUAACUUCUAGAAUAAGAAACAGUACCCUCGCCAAAACUUCCCUAGUUGAAGAAGUCGAGCGGAAGAAGUCUACGUCAGAAAUUUACGGAGCUCACACUCUACCGAUUAAAAAGAGGUCGCUGGUCGAUACAUUGGCAAAUAAAAGCAGCGAAAAGAGUGUUCUGCCGAUAAAGAAGAGAGUUGUGAUGCAUUCUACUCCCGUUAAGGGCAGGAUCAACUUGACUAUGAAUGCGUCUGACAUUGGUCGCGUAUCCCCAAUUGCGCCUGUUCAUGAAGUGGCGGUUGACAUCGAUAAAAAUCAAGACACCGCUGAAAGGCCUAUUGAACUUCCUAAAGAAAGUCCUAAAAGAAAAACAAUCCAAACAAGGAAAUCAAAAAUCAUUCAAGAAGUGUUUGAUAGCCAGAUUUCAUCUAAAGCAGUUCAACUAUCUCCUAAGAACAAAGAAAAGGUCAAGAGUAGCCCAGGUCAAGUGAGAGCUACGAGAGGACGAAGGGUUAAAGAAAAUUUGGUAGUUCAUAAUGUUAAAAUACUCAAAUCAUCUAUCGUUAUUUCCAAAAAACCGCCUGUUUUAAGCCCACAAACAACAGCAAAAGUAUCUCGUAACGAACCUGUUUCAGUUGGAAAUCCUGAGCCUGUCGUCAAGGAAACAAGAAAGAGGAAUUUAGAUGGAAAACAAGGUUUAGUUGAAGAGGUUACAGAAAAUGUGCAACCUGUUACUAAAACAACACGACGAAGGAACGUGCAAAAGGAAGAGAGUCAAAAACAAAGUAACAAAGUAACGCCAAAGGGAAAAGUGGGACGUAAAACUAAUUUAAGAAAGGACAAUGAGAACGACACUACAGAGCAGUUAUCGAAGGAAACACCUCAGAAAACUAGAACACGCAGGCAAAAGGUUACUGCAAACAAAGUUCAAACACCUAAACAAAUUACCAGGGCCAAAGUGCAAAAACGAAGUGUUGUUAUAACCAAACCUUCUCCUCAAAUGAAGCCAAGAUCUGCUAAGCAGGUCAUUGAAAAUGAAUCCGGUGAAAUACUAGAGAAAACCUCUCAAAGAACUCGUAGAAAUAUUGCUGAAGCUACUAAACCUGUUGCAGCAAAACAGAAGAAACAAGAAUCUAUAGAUGAGAAUAGCGAGGAGAGUGAAACUAAAACAAGGGGUAGGAAGGGCAAAUUGAUUUCGCCAAGUGUUAAAGUAGUAAAGAAGGGACAGAAUGUCAUAGUUGAAAAUAGCGCUAAAGGAAAAAAUGUCGCUUUAGAAGCAGAAACCAAUCCAAAAUCAAAGCGAGGUAGGAAAACUGUAGCUCAAACGAAUGCUACAAUUGAAAAUAAUGUUCCAGAAGUACGGACAAGGUCCACUCGAAUUACAACACAAGAAACAGACAGUGUCACAACUCAAACUCGGGGUAGGAAAACUGAGACCACACAAGCAGUUUCGAAACGGCAGAUUAAAGCGCAAAACUCUGAAAGUGAUACUGUCGUUGAAAGUACAGCUAGAGGUCGCAAAAGAAAGAUCACUGCAGAAGAAACUACAUCUAAAUUAAGAAAAAUGGAUACAGAAGAUGAUACGGGUACAAGAAAUCGUGAAAGAAGAGCGAAUAAUAAAUCUAAACAGCAAAAGAUUGAAACCACAACAGCGAUAAGUCCAGUAGUUGUUACUAAGGGCAGGCGAGGUCAGCAAAUUGAAGAUCUACAAGAACUUGAUAAACAAAAGACAAUAGAAGACAAAGUGGUGGCAUCUAAAACAGUUAGAGGCAGAAAGAAAACGGAAGAGGCACCUGGAGUAAGUCAACCAAAAGCAACAGUUGGAAGAAAAAAAAAUAUUACUAACACAAGCGUUGAGGUAACCGAACCGAAGAGCACUCGUGGAAGGAAAGCCAAGAAGCAGUCUGUAGAAGAUACUGCAGUGAAAACCACAGAGGCAAAGAAAGAGGUAAAGGGACGGAAGAAGAGAGGAGCGGAGCAGAAUGCGCCGAAAAACGACAAGGAAGUGCAGGAGACAACGAAAACGCGUCAAGCUCAAAAAGCAGCUGAACAAGAGACUGAAGUCAAGACUACGAGAAGGAAAAAGGCAACGGAAGUAGAAAAACCCCAGCCAGAGGGCCGUAAAAGGAAAACCAACAUUGACGUGUCCGCUGCCAAAGAACCAAUGAAGCCAGCUAAGAAACCUCGUAAGACUAGCGCGAUCAGUCCCAAAGCACCCGCCCGCGAAACAAGGACACGACGCACUAAAGUUGAUGGUGAGUACACUAUAAUUAUAUGCAUCAUGUAA